AUCGGGCAUAUCUUUUUCUCAUUGUCGUGAUCCGGUCGUUCUGCGGACGAGAGGGAACUGUUUUUUUUUUAUUUUACCUUCUGCAUGGUUGUAACACAACGUUGUGCGGUGGUGGUGUUGCUGUAAAAAUUCACACGGUGUAUACCCAUCCGAUAGAAAAACAACUUACCACACACGUUAUCCUAGAUUCCUGUACUGUACAACGAGGAGUAUAAUCUACCCUCAAUUGAAUGACGGGAAAACAACGCACGUCGGCAUUAGAAAGAGAACCCAUAGUUUCAGGGCAAGAAAAAAUUUUAUGAAGAACAGACUGUUGUCAAGUGAUUUUGACUCUGAAUGGAUAAGGAAAGCAACUAUUGGCUGCGACUACUGGGAAGCGGAAUUUUUUUUUACUAAUUUCUCACUGGUCUUUGGAUUGUGGGACAGCUGUGAGGUAUGACUGGCAACGCGUGCCUCUCCCGGUUACCGGUACGGAAUGGGGUGGUGGUACGGGGCCUUUGGCAGGGCCUCAACACCGCAAACGUUCCACCACCUACCGACACUCCACCAACAGCCAAGUCAUAGUGCGGACGCGGGACCGGCGUUCGGUAUUUUUGAAUUAAUGUAAACGUCAAAUGCAAAAAUCAUCGAUUUAUCAUUCACUGAAAAUAUUCACGAUUGUUCACCAAGUUAUAAUUAGCAUUCGGGCCUAAAUGAGUGAAAUUUCGGUGACAAUUUUUCAAUAGAAAGAAAAAUUUGGAAGAUCGUUCAAGUGAUUUACAUAAAAUUAUUGGUGCGAAUUAAUUAUUCAUCGAAAAUUAGGAGAUUGAGACAUCAGUGGAUAUUCUUUUAAAGUUGACUAGUGGGUCAGCUGCAAGACAACGGUUUUGUGGAGAACGUGAGAGUUCUAUUUUGUUUAAUCGGCAGGAGACUAGUUAACGGUUCAACUCUGUCAUGGACCACAUAUCUUUUUAACGACAGAUUAACAUCUAGAUAAGGUCAAUAAAAUAAACCAGGGAAAAAGGUUGGAAGUAAUUCAUUAAUUCUUACGAUUCUGAAAAAAGUGAGGUGAUUUAAAUCAAACUAUUUGACUUUGUUUCACUUUGACAAACUGGACCAUCGGACAGAUUAAAAGUGGUUGCAGUCGUGUGCUGCGGGAGAAAGGUGUGUAAUAAAGUGUGAAUAGUGGAGUUUGUUAACAAAGUGUGGAAAAUUCGUUGAUAAUGAGAGCGGCGGUGUUGACCGCUUGCCUCUUGGGCUUCGCUGUGGGUGGUAGCCCAAGGCUGCCGAGGACUUCCGCGGAUCAGAGGAGUAUAAGGAAUGCUCAGAACAUCAAUACCACGGGGAAUCUACUGCCACCUGUUACGAGAGGCUCCCAGAGAAAUCGGGAACAAUAUUUGUUCAAUGUCUUCGAUGUCAUCGUAUCGACCCUGGAGUCGAAGCUCCAGCGUAUCGAGAACCUGGACAAGGCUGUGGAGCACCUGAUGAGAAGGGUUGAGGCUCUGGAUUCUCGUGUCAACGAUAAUAUCGAUAAAACUGAUGCAGUUAUAACGAAACUGAGGACCUUGGACCUGAAGUUGUUUCACGCACAGCCAACACUUCCUCCGGAAGUGCUAGGGCAGAGUGCACGAUCGGUAGACAGUAGUACCGGUAAUGAAGAUGACGAUACUGUGCCCGUGAUUCGUCUGAUCCAUCACGACGGACCGAAUCCAGAAUACCUCGGUGAUAAACUCCUAUCUCUGGAUCAAAAGGUCUCUGACAUUGACGACAAACUCGUGAACCUGAAGAAUCAACUUGACAAUAAUUUCCUACCAAGUGAUGAUAUAAAUGCCGAAGCGAGCGAGAAAAAACCCAUAAGCAUGAAUGUCAUAGAAAUAACAAAAGCAAUGAGCAACGAAGUCAUGAAUCAUGUGUCAAUAGAGAUAGAAAAUCUACGUCAAGCGACGGGUAACGUUGACAGGAAGCUUCAAUUUCACAUGAAUUUGGUGGCUGACACUUUGGGAACUGUUUAUACGCUUACUCGAGACAUUCACGAAGCGAUUGUUGACAAGGGCCAACUUUCAAACCAAAAUCAGACGACAACGAGCACUCAAGCGCCUCAGGUUACCAGGAAGAGUAAGAUCGAUCGACUUGUCGAAAAGAUUCAUCCCAUGCUAACUGUUUCGGAGAAGAUGGACCAGGUUUGGAAUGUUGUUGUGGGUACCAAGAGCUCAGUCGAUCAUCUCCUGCCGAAGUCCGAUGCAUUGCUGACGCAGACACAACGCCAGGAGAGAGCGAUUAAUGAGAUAGGCGCGGAUCUCAGAUCCAAGACUAACAAGAUAAUUGAGAAUCUCGAGGGAGUGGAGAGUAGGCUCAAGAAGCAGGAGGAUGACGUGGCCAAUCUCGCUCAGCGUCCGAUACCAGCGGAAUUGUUGUUGGAUCCUACGAUUGAUCGGCUUGUUGAGUACGAUCCAAGCCGUUACAUUGCUCUGAACGAGGAAUACACAACGGAAACACCACCUCCAUCCACCACAACAACACCAUUACCAACAACAUCAUCACUACAGGCGUCGUCCUCCGUUAAUCCACCUGCUACCAGUCCCAUGACAACAUCAUCCACUUCAUCGACUUCAACACAGAGCCCCGGUACUUCCUCGCAGCGAUCAGCAACGCGCAAUCGGGGUGUCAUAUUUCCCAGCGUUAAGAACAAACCCAGCCCUGCAAAUUCCACAUUCACCACUGACUCAUUGCUGGUUAACUACAGAGACGUCAAGGGUUACUCGUGUGUAGAUUUACUCAACGCAGGAAUGAGAGAGAGCGGGGUGUACUAUCUCCAAAUAAGAGGAACAACCUAUUGGUUCCUGAAGGUCUUCUGCGAGCAGGAAAUCGUUGAGGGAGGAUGGACGGUAAUUCAAAGACGUGAUGAUUUUGGAGAGCCGAGAGAAAACUUCAACCGAGACUGGGCUGACUAUAAAAAUGGAUUUGGUGACCCUGCCCGAGAGUUUUGGCUUGGAAAUGAGAAUAUUUACAUGUUAACUAAUAACGAGGAUUAUUCGUUGAGAGUUGAACUGGAAGAUUUCGAGGGCAAUAAAAGGUACGCUCAGUACUCUCACUUUAAAAUAUAUUCAGAAGGGGAAUACUAUAAACUCGAGAUUGACGGAUACGAGGGCAAUGCUGGCGAUUCACUGAAUGACCCCUGGUAUGGCUCCAAUAACAGUCCGUUCUCCACAUACAACAGAGAUAACGAUCGAUCAUCAUUGAACUGUGCAUCGAUGCUGAAGGGCGGUUGGUGGUGGAAAUCGUGCGGGAGAGGACUCAACGGUCUCUACCUCCACGAUCCUCAAGAUUUGACUGCUCGGCAAGGAAUCGUCUGGUUCCGCUGGAGAGGAUGGGACUACACUCUGAAGAAGGCAACAAUGAUGAUAAAACCCAGAAGCUUAGUAUCAAUCUCACAACCUCAACAAUAAAGAAAUAAUUCUUGACAAUAAAGCGCCCAAACUGAGAAUCGAAAAUAUUUUAAAUUUUGAGAUUAUCUCUCCUUCGAAACUGCCAUGACGAAUUGCCUAGAAUUUUGCGAUGAAAAUUUAUUGAAAAGGGGUACGAAGAAUACGCAGUAUUUUAACGUUGAUCGAACAAAAUAAUUCUUAGAGUAAUUUCUUUUCUUCUCUAUUCAAGUAAAUCGUAAUGACAGGGAACCUGCAUGCAGAAUAUUUUUCUCAAAAUCCCUUAUUUAUACGUUCUUUCUUAUGAAGAGCAAAAAUAAUAUGAAGAAUUGUUGGCCUAAUGUAUAACAAUACGUACAUAUCAUUCAUUCUUGAGAUUAACAUGAUCAUGACGUCACGAACGUCACAGAAUACUAAUUCGCCAUUGGCUGCGUGGGUGCCAAGUCGUAUUUACAGAUUAGAUUAGUUUAGUUCGAACACGUUCUGUGAUUCAUUCAACAUUCACACCGAUAUUAUGACGUCAUUGACGUCAUAGCGUUUGAAAGAUGGGUUUUUAAAAUUAAUUAUUGAUUUAUAAAUUUUUUGAACGUUCAUGAAGAAAAAAUGUCUCUUUCUGAUCAUAAACUUGAGAAAUGAAUUUUAAAAAAUCAUGCGAGGUUCCUGUCAUUUAAAUCCGUCAAAUAAGUGAUUGAUAUGUAAAAUUACCAUUCCGUGUAUUAUAAUCGUUAUUAAAUUGUUGAAUUUGACCUUAUAAA